UCCUGAGGGGAAGCCAGCCCUGCCACCAAGAGGUGACAGCGAGGGGAAAGGGGGAGCUGGCACAAAACCCCUCUGUCACCGAGUCCGCCACCAUGGCCCGGCCAUGGCUCCAUCUCUGCAUCUGCCUCCAGAUCCCAGGUUUUUAUACAACUCUGCUACUAGCCCAAACUCCAGGGCAUAUUCUAACCCAAACCAGCAAUAAAACUGAAAUCCUCUGUGACCUGAAGAAGGAGCACACCGGGGUCUACUGGUACCGCUGGAGCCAGGAGAGGCAACAAUUCCAGUUCUUGUUGUUCUCCAACACAAUGGGCAGAGCCACCUACGGCCCAGGUGUGAGGCAGGACAAGUUCAGCGUCCAUGAGGCGAGGUCCCAGAGCUCCCACAGCCUGCACAUCAGCCACCUGCAGCCCUCAGACAGCGGCAUCUACUACUGCUCCGCGUUCCAGUCCUCCCAGCUGCUCCUGGGCGCUGGCACGCAGCUCACUGUGGUUGAUGUUUUGCCUCCAACGACCACGCAGACACCAGUGUCCAAAAAGCCUCUGCCACGCACAACCAAAAGGAAAGCUGCCAGCAGGGAAGGUCCCUGCAGUCCCCUGGUCUGGAUCCCUCUGGCUGCUGCUGUCCUGCUGCUGCUGCUGAGCCUGGUGCCCGCCGCCUACCGCCUGCACCGUCUGCGGCGGAGGCUGCGGCUUCGCAUCCACAGGCAGUAA